AUGUCCAACCUUCUGACCGUUCUCUCCUCUUCCUUCGACACGACACCAUACACCCAUAUCUUGCCCUCUCUGGAACGACAUCUCAUCUCCACCGCAGACUUACUCACCCUUGAUCCCGUCGAUGUUGCGAAGCGCGCUCAAGUUCCGCCUGGGGAGGUGAAGAAAUUGGUCGAUGCGGUUGUUGAGGCUUUGCAUGGUGAUGUUUCCGUGAAGGCGUCAGAUUCGGACGUCACCGGAUGGAAUGGUCUUCAGCACGCCGGUGACGUCGCAAAGCAAUGGCAAACGAUCUCCACUCUGGACGAUGCGCUUGACGAGGCGCUGAACGGCGGAAUCGCAUGUGGCCACUUGACGGAGAUCGUAGGCGAGAGCGCAGCCGGCAAAACCCAACUCCUCCUAACCCUCCUCCUCUCCGCUCAACUCUCCCCCUCCACCGCAUCUACCCCUCCCCCAUCAUCCCUCUACAUCUCAACCGAAGCCCCCCUCCAAACCACCCGCCUCACCCAAAUCCUCACCACCCACCCCCAUCUCACCCCGCUCCCCUCCUCCUCGAAACCCACCCUCUCCCGCAUCCACAGCACCCACAUCCACGACCUCGAAGCUCAAGACCACAUCCUGCGCUACCAAGUCCCCGUGGCGAUCCGGCAACACAACGUCCGCUUGCUGGUCAUCGACUCCGUGGCGGCUAACUUCCGCGCGGAGUCGUUGACUGCGAAUGAUGGACAGCGGAAAGGUGGAGUAGGAAAUCUGGCGAAACGGUCGGCGCAAUUGGCGCAGAUGGGUGCGCUGUUGAGGGGACUGGCGAGGGAGAGCGGGGUGGCGGUUGUGGUGGCGAAUCAAGUCGCGGAUCGGUUUUCUGCGGCGGAUAAUGGGAGGUUUAAUUCCUCGCUCCGAGCGGGGACGCAGGGUUCGACGCAAGAUAGCAGUCAUCGCGCGAAUUCACCUUCUGGACGCCCGCAACAUCGACAACCCGACCCGAAACCUCCUCCACCAAGGCGCCAGACGGGACUCUUCUCAACCACAGAUCCCCUCUCCCUCGACCACCAACAAAAUUUCUUCACCGGCUGGGGCGACGAAGAGUCGCAGACGAAUUUGAAGACGCCAAGUCUGGGACUCACGUGGACGAAUCAAUUGUCUACUCGGAUUGCGUUGAUCAAGCUGCCAAUCUACGACUAUUCCGGCACAAUGGACGGGGAGGGUGAGGGGAGGGAGGUAAACGUCAAGUGGGCGAGAAGUGUGAAAGUUGUGUUCUCAGGUUGGGCUUCGGCGGCGGGAGAGAGUGGAGAGAGUGGAGAGGACGGGGGAAGGGGGGUGGAGGUGGAGAUUUGGAAGGGUGGGGUUAGGAGUUUGCGGAGUAAAGAACGCAUGGCGAGGGAUGCUGCGGUGGUCGAGGAGUGA